CCGACGCCCUCGCGACGGCGGCGGCGACGGCGGCGGUCGCCGUCGCGUCCGAACCCGACGCGCGCGACGCGCGCUCGUCGAGCGCGGCCGAGACGACGGGCUCGAUCAGCGCGACGUUCGCGCCGAGGUCGCGCAUCGCCCCCUCGCGCUGUCUCUCGCGAUCGAGCGCGGUUCCUUUCGGCGCGAGAAACGAGCGUUCGAAACGCGCGGAGAUGUCCCGCGCGCGGUCUCGGCACGCGCGCGUCCGCGUCUCGAAGCGAACGCGCUCGGCGUCGAGCGCGGCGGAGAGUCGCCGCGCCGCGGACAUCGCGCGCGUCGCGGCGUCGACGCGUUUCGGCGGGAGCGCCGGCGCCGGAGGCGACGCGAGCGGCGGCAAAGUCGCGUCGAUCGACAGCGGGAGGAUGCUGUCGUUCGACGCGACUUUCUUCCACCACGGCGUCGCGGUCGCGUCCGCGUCGGCGUCGCACGUCUCUUCGCGCGUCGCGUCUUUGUCGUCUUUGUCCUCGGCCCACCACGCGCGGUCGUCCGCGUCGUCGUCGUCGGUCGCGGACGCGGACGCGACGGCGAGGACGCUGACCGGCGUCGUCUUUCUCCGCACGGUCUUCGCGCGCGUCGUCGUCGUCGUCGUCGUCGUCGCCGUCGUCGUCGUCGUCGUCGGCGUCGUCUCCGGGGUCGACUCCGGGAUCACCGGGUCCACGAGCAGUAACCUCGACGCGGCUUUGUGGAUCGCCAUUCUAGGUAACGCGCGCGAAGCGGCCGUUUGUUUCGCUGGCUUCGCCGCCGCCGCCGCCGCCGCCGCCGCGGACGCCGCGGCGACGUGA